AUGCUGAUUCUUGUUAUUGGUGACCUUCACAUUCCACAGAGAAAACUUAAAAUCCCAGAACAAUUCCUUAAGUUGAUUGUUCCUGGCAAACUUGAUAAAGUUAUCUGCGUCGGAAAUCUCACAACACCUGAUCAAAUGGCCUGGAUUAAGUCACUUUGCAAAGAUGUAACAGUCGUUUAUGGUGAUUAUGAUGAAAAAAUGACAGAUGUUUCAGAAAGAGCAACAUUAAGUGCUGGCAGUUUUAAGAUUGGCGUAAUUCAUGGCCACCAAGUUCUUCCAUGGGGCGAUCCAGAAAGACUCGGCGCUGUUGGAAGAGAAAUGAAUGUUGAUAUAUUAGUUAGUGGACAGACUCACGUAGCUUCCGUUUCAACUUAUGAAAAUAUAUUAUUCCUCAACCCAGGAAGCCUCACAGGCGCUUAUUCUAAUACUGCAACAACUUCUACACCAUCAUUUAUGGUUCUUGAUGUUAAGAAGGACCAAAUGACAGUUUAUCUCUAUCAAAUUGGACAAUCUGAUGAUGUUGAGGUUCUCAGCUACAAUCACACUCUUAUUUAA